CUACAGAAUUAGCGGGGAUGCCAUUUGAAGCGCCAGUGAUCCCGGGUGUUUGUGGGUCUGCGGUGAUGAUUUGAUCGAGUAGCGGGCAUUAAUGUGUCGUGUAGGCCUCGCCCGUGAGGUCCUCAGCCCGUGAACACGGAACCGGACCUCAGAGCACCGGGAGAGAGACGGGAGAUGCGCUGACGCGACGGAUUGACGGAUUUCCCGUGACGCGCGUGUUACCGAUGGAGGACUGGGCCCAGUGUUUGGACGAGGCCGUGCGGGUCGCGCGCAGAGCCGGGCAGGUGGUGGCGUGUGCAGUGCAGCAGGAGAAGUGUGUGCGCAGUAAAAGCACUCCCACAGAUCUGGUGACGGAGGCGGAUCAGCAGGUGGAAGACCUUAUCAUCUCCACCCUCAGGAGCAGAUACCCGGAGCACAGGUUUAUCGGAGAGGAAUCGUCCGCCGCCGGAGUGAAGUGUGAACUGACCGACAGCCCGACCUGGAUAAUAGAUCCCAUCGACGGGACCUGUAACUUUGUGCACAGUUUUCCUAUGGUGGCAGUGAGCAUCGGAUUCGCUGUGAGGAAAGAGCUGGAGUUUGGUGUGAUCUACCACUGUUUCGAUGGGACACUGUACACUGCCAGAAAAGGACACGGAGCCUUUCGCAAUGGUGUUCGACUACAGGUUUCCAAAGAAAAAGAUGUGUCCAAGGCCCUCAUUCUGACGGAGAUCGGGGCCAAGAGAGACCCUGCGACUCUGGAUAUCUUCCUGGGAAAUAUGAAGAAAAUGUUGAGCGCACCGACUCAUGGUGUGAGGAUCGUCGGCAGCUCGACUCUCUCCCUGUGUCUCGUGGCCAGCGGGUCGGCGGAGGCGUAUUACCAGUUCGGUCUUCACUGCUGGGACAUCGCCGCGGCCGCCGUCAUCAUCAGAGAGGCAGGAGGCGUCGUCAUCGACACCACAGGGAACACACUCGACCUGAUGUCCAGAAGAGUUGUGGCCGCUGGGACUCGUGAGAUCGCAGACUAUGUGGUGAAGCAGCUUCAGCCUAUAAACUACGGGCGUGACGACAGUGACCCCUGACCUCUGACCCCUGACCUCAUCCUAUUACCUCAGAACACACAAUCCUGCCACGUCACAUCUUCAGCGCUAUACUCACAUGUUUAACCAUCCUAAAGUCACGAAGAUGACCCGUAAUCACCGCAGCCACGACCUUUGACCUCUAACACCUUCAUCCGUGGAGAUCACGCUAAACACUGGAUCAUGACUCGCAAAACCCGCUGAUUUACCCAAUAUAAGAAGUUUGAUGCCGUAGUGAGAUCAGGACUCAGGAAUCAUGGGAGAAAUAUGAAAUAACUGGUUUCUAUAUGCAAACACGGCUAAUCUCCUUUCCUACACACUGCGUUUAUCUUGAUCCACGAAAUAAGAUAUUAGACCUUGUUUUCUGAGAAUAAACGUAAGCAUUGAUCUUGUUUUAAGCGUGUUUAUAUGAGACUGCAGUGGGAACAUCUGGAGAUCCGGUUCGACACGUUCAUACGCAGUCAUGUGACGUUAUGGUCAUGUGAUGUUAUGGCCGAAACACAAAACAAAUCCUCGUGUUUGUUCCUGAAACUCACUGCAGUUCGACCUGUAUUUCACAGUUGUGAUGUUUUCUAAUGCCGGACGAUCUGUAUAGAUAUAAACACAUAGAGUUUCUGGAUCACUUUCACAUCAGGGCAACAUUCCUCUAGUAUGACCAAUUAAAAGCAUACAAUGAAACCAAUUCUGUCCAGUUAUUAUUCACUCUAAAUUACUCACUUUCUUAUGAUUGUGCAAUUUUUGUGCAUAUUGUAUUUCUUAGUUUGGGAGCAAAAGCUUGGGACUUAAAGCAUAAUUUGCUUGGAAUAGAAUAGACGUUUCUGAUUUGAUUAUUAGGUUGGAUCUCUGUAAACGGCUGUUCCAGAUGUUCAAGAGCUCUUGGACGUGAAAUAUAAAGCUGAAAUUUGGCAAA